AUGUCAUACACUGAGCUUGAACAUGGAUAUCAGGGGUUGCGUCAAGCUACACAACCACAGUUUUACGUCGGAGAUGAUGGCGAUUUGGUCCAGCUAAGGUCACCCCAACCAGUGGAAGAGUGGCCCAUCUGCGACUGCCUCAUCUCUUUUCACUCGAAGGGCUUCCCUUUGGAUAAAGCCAUCCAGUACGAGAAAUUGAGGAAACCUUACGUGAUAAACAAUCUGCACAUGCAAUAUGAUAUACAGGAUCGUAGAAAAGUAUACGCAAUACUAGAAGGUGAAGGCAUAGAGAUACCAAGAUAUGCUGUUCUAGACAGAGAUUCACCCGACCCCAAACAUCACGAAUUAGUAGAAUCCGAGGACCACGUGGAAGUAAACGGUGUAGUGUUUAAUAAACCAUUUGUAGAAAAGCCAGUAUCGGCUGAAGACCAUAACAUUUACAUUUAUUAUCCCACCUCCGCGGGCGGAGGCAGCCAGAGAUUGUUUAGAAAGAUAGGAAGCCGUAGCAGUAUUUAUUCGCCCGAGUCAAGGGUGAGGAAGACUGGAUCGUUUAUUUACGAAGAUUUUAUGCCCACCGAUGGUACUGACGUAAAAGUUUAUACAGUAGGUCCGGACUACGCGCACGCCGAAGCGCGCAAAAGCCCCGCCCUCGACGGGAAAGUCGAACGAGACUCCGAGGGAAAAGAGAUACGAUACCCUGUCAUAUUGUCCAAUCAAGAGAAGCUUAUAUCAAGGAAGGUCUGUUUGGCAUUCAAGCAAACCGUUUGUGGAUUUGACUUGUUGAGGGCAAACGGCAAAUCGUUCGUGUGUGACGUGAACGGUUUCUCCUUCGUGAAGAAUUCAAAUAAGUACUACGAUGAUUGCGCCAAGAUACUGGGUAAUAUGAUAUUGCGGGAGCUGGCUCCUACAUUGCAUAUACCUUGGUCUGUGCCUUUUCAAUUGGACGAUCCGCCAAUUGUGCCCACUACGUUCGGCAAGAUGAUGGAGUUAAGAUGCGUUGUCGCUGUUAUAAGACACGGGGAUAGAACGCCGAAGCAAAAAAUGAAGGUAGAAGUUCGGCAUCCCAGUGUUGUUUAUCAAAGAUUCUUUGAGAUCUUCGAGAAAUACGACGGCUUCAAGCGCGGCCACGUAAAAUUGAAGAAGCCAAAGCAACUGCAAGAGAUCCUGGACAUAGCGCGGGCGCUACUCACCGAUAUUCACACGCGCCAUGCCGACCCUGAAAUUGAAGAAAAACAAGGCAAGCUUGAACAGCUGAAGAGCGUAUUGGAGAUGUAUGGCCACUUCUCAGGCAUAAACAGAAAAGUGCAGAUGAAAUAUCAACCACGCGGACGCCCUCGCGGCUCCAGCUCCGACGACGGUAACGCGCCCCUCAAACACGGUUUGCGAGCAUAAUACCCCUGCUUUUUUUGUUGUUCAUCUUUGUUGCUCAGUUCGCGGUGGUGGCUAUUUGAUAUUAUGAUACUAUUUUAAUUUUUUACUCCCGUCGCAAAAAAAGGGGUUAUAAGUCUGAAGCCUUUGUGUAUGUAUGUUGUCUCUGCAUAUCUGUCU